AUGGAGAGGAAUGAUGAGGAUGCCAGUUCGGCCGCUGGUUGCAGCUAUGCUUUUCUUGCAGCCUAUGCACGGUUCUGCGCUCGUAGAGGGGCUUGCAAGAAACUUUAUUCGGAUAACGCAACAACUUUUGAAAAACCUGAUAAGGAGCUGCAAGCGCUCUUCGCCAAGUCGUCACCCUUUAUGGACAGCGUGGUAUCAACUUUUACUACCCAACGCACCCAAUGGUCGUUCAUUCCACCACAUUCCCCUCAUUUCGGCAGACUCUGGGAAGUGGUGGUGCGGAGUUUCAAGCACCACUUCCGCAGAGUUAUCGGAGAUCACUCACUUACCUUCGAGGAGCUGUCGACGUUGGCUGCGAAAAUCGAGGCAUGCCUUAAUUCUAGGCCACUGUGCCUCCUCAGCACAGAUCCCAAAAACGCAGUCACUCUCACUCUGGUGCAUUUUUUGACGGGCUCAUCUUUGCUGUCAUCUCCGGAGCCGUACGACAAAGCAACUCAGCCCAUUUCACUCAACGACAGGUGGAGGUUGCUGGGCAAUCUUAGAGACUCCUUUCGGUCACGUUGGAGAAAGGAGGUCCUACAUCUUUUGCAGCGUCGAAAUAAAUGGUUGGACCCAGAGCCAAACUUGCAAAAGGGGGACGCCGUUUUGUUGAUGGACGAGCUCUCGCCUCCAACUCAGUGGCGCCUUGGCUUGGUCAUCGAAGCACAUCUGGGGGCUGUCGGGGACUUGGGUAGCCCAAUACCAGCAUGGGUGGAGAUAGUCCCGGAUCUAUGUGCGAACUAUGGCUGUGAGGCACAGUGGGGUAUAAAAGAAGGGAUAACAGAAAGGGAGCAAGUAGAACAUGAAGAGCUUAGUGAGAAAACUUUAAUUACUUUAUUGUAUAAUAAGAAAACAAAUAGCAAUAGCAGGAAAAUAGUAUUAGUUCAAGAAUCACUACAGAAAGAAUUGAAAAAUAUGAAGACAAACAUUGAUGUACAAGAUAAUGUAGGGAUUCAGGGUGAGAGGUUUUACUGUCUUGGUGACAAGGAACUAUCUUUUUAA